GGCGCUGGUCGUGAGGAGAAGGAGGCCUGGGAGGCAGCGCGCCUGCCGUGCGGGGUGUGUCUGAGGCUCCUUGAGCCCAACAGCCCGAGAUUGGGGUCCCCGUGGCUCCCGGACUCCUCUCUGCUCACAGCGUCCCCGCAGCCGGACCCCAUUUCAUCCUCCAGCCUUGGGGACCGGCCUCUCAGGUCCCAGCGCUCAGAAUGGAUGUGAACUUUGAGGACGUGGCCAUUGCCUUCUCUGAAGUGGAGUGGGUGAUCCUGGAUGAUGCUCAGAGACUUCUGUACUACGAUGUGAUGCUGGAAGUGUUUGCCCUUGUGUCAUCUGUAGGUUGUUGGCAUAAAAUGGAAGAUGAGGAGGCCCCUUCUGAUCAGCAAGUAUGUAUACAAGGCAAGUCACAGGUCAGGACUUCUAAGACAGCUCCAGUCACCCAUAAGAACCAUCUCUGUAAGCAGUGUUUCUCUCUGUUACAACAUAUUUUGCACCCGACUGGGUCACAUGCAGCAUACUUUGAGCAGAAAGCCUUCUGUAGCGACGCAUGUGUUGGAGAAUUCUGUUUCAGUGUAAACCCUCACCAGCAACAAAAGAAUGAAUGUGGAGAGGGGCCCUGGAAAGAAGCUAUGGACGGGGCCUCUUUUGUGAGCAGGUGCAGCUUCUCCUUACCUUCGGUGCCUUCAACCAGCAGGGAGGUUGGGGAAGACUUGCAAUCCAACUCAGAGCUUCCCCAGCACCAGGUCACUCUCAACGCUGAGGAGCUACACUGUGGCAGUGAGAUUUCACAGGAAUUUCUCAGUGGAAAAAGUCAUCACCGGUGGGAUGAAUGUGGAAACGCUGCCAGCCACAACCUGAAAGUUGUUCAGUGUCAGGGUGUGUGUUCUGGAGAACUGAUUUAUGAAUGUAACAGGUAUAGGAAAGUGUUUAGACAAAACUUUAAUGUCAUUCGACACAAGGGAGUUCACACUGGAGAAAAGCAGUAUCAGUGUAAUGAAUGUGGGAAGUUCUUCAGAAAAAGACCUUCACUCAUUAGACACCAGAGAGUUCACACUGGAGAGAACAUAUGUGUGCAAACAUUGUGGGAAGUCUUUCAGUUACAACUCUAAACUCAAAAGACACAACAGAGUUCACACAGGAGAAAAGCCAUAUAAGUGCAGUGAAUGUGGGAUAUCCUUUCGUCAGAAGCCCCACCUCAAGGUACACCUCAGAGUUCACACUGGACAGAAACCAUAUGAGUGUAGACAUUGUGGACAAUCCUUCAGCUCCAAGUCUAACCUCAGACAACACAACAGCGUUCACACAGGAGAAAAGCCAUAUGAGUGCAGUGAAUGUGGGAUGUCCUUUCGUAGAAGGUCUCAGAUCACUAGUCACCUCAGAGUUCACACCGGAGAGAAGCCGUAUGAGUGUCGAGAAUGUGGGAUGUCCUUUCGUAAAAGAGCUAAGCUCAGUGUACACCUCAGAGUUCACAGUGGGGAGAAGCCAUAUGAGUGUAGAGAAUGUGGGAAAUCCUUCCGUUACAGGUCUAACCUCAGACAACACAACAGCAUUCACACUGGAAUAAAGCCAUAUAAGUGCAGAGAAUGUGGGAUGUCCUUUCGUAUAAAGGCUCAGCUCACUGUACACCUCAGAGUUCACACUGGACAGAAACCAUAUAAGUGCAGACAUUGUGAGAAAUCCUUCCAUUACAGGUCUGACCUCAGACGACACAACAGCGUUCACACAGGAGAAAAGCCAUAUAAGUGCAGAGAAUGUCGGAUGUCCUUUCGUAUACGGGAUCACCUCACUAAACACCUCAGAGUUCACAAUGGAGAGAAGUCAUAUGAGUGUACAGAAUGUGGGAUGUCCUUUCGUACAAGGGCUCAGCUCACUGUACACCUCAGAGUUCACACUGGAGAGAAGCCACAUGAGUGUACUGAAUGUGGGAAGUCUUUUAGCCGAAAAGCCUACCUUAAUAAACAUCUGAGAGUUCACACUGGAGAGAAGUGUUAAAUGUGCAGGGAAUGUUUCCUUUUAUUCACUUAGAAUAACAACAAUGAAGGAGACUCUUUGCGACCUAUUUUCCUGAAUUUAAACCCCUUUUAAUGGAACAUACACUCUUCUAGAUUCCUCAUGUUUCCAGUACAGGUGAAGCUUAAACGAGGUGCAUUGCACUUUGUAACAUGCCCAGGUCUUCUACCCGAUUGAUGUGUGGCGGAAGAGAUUUCACCUCUACCACCUGGCUCACCUGAAGAGUGUGUAUCAGUCCCAACUGUUGUGUGCUCAGGAGAAAUGUAUUCUGUGUUGUCACUUGUGCUUGAGAACAUUAAGAACCCUCCGCUCCUGACAGGAUCUUCAUUUAUCUCCGAGGAGGUAAUGCACCUGACCCGGGGUUCAUACAGGGGACCUUCCAGCUAAGAAGUGUGGCCUCUGUCAGGGACAUGUGGUUCUCACAUUAUGCUGUGAUGAAUUGUUUCAAAUUCUGAUUCACCAACCUGCAAACCGCCUUGUCCCGUUUUCUGGUUUGUGAUCUUUAGUAAAGGUAUUUUUUCUUUAGUACCUUUAAUUUUCUUGGUUAUAUUCACCCCCAGGGAUGAUUUUCAUGCACUAUUGUGGUCUACGUUGUAUAAUUUACAGAUAUUGUGUGGAUCCCAACGUUUCUGUGCUUUAGGAGGGACAGCAUAGAGCCAGGAAAUCACUCUUUGACCAAUAUUGGCUUUUAGUGCAUUGCUGCCCACGGCCUUGAAAUAAAGACUGCGUGACUUUGUGGU